AUGCAGGUCUUCUUGGCUGUAAACCCUCCACCAUCCCCAUGGAUUCAUCUAAAACUCUGCAGCAAGAUGAGGGGAAGCCUCUUUCUGACUGCCUAUAGGAGACUCAUUGGCCAUCUAGUGUAUCUCUGCAUAACUAGGCCCGAUAUCACUUUUGCAGUGAAUAAACUUAGCCAGUUCUUGUCCAAGCCUUGUUCAGGACAUAUACUGGCAGCUGAAAAGGUCCUCAAAUACUUAAAACGCACCCUAGGUCAUGGCCUCUUCUACUCAGCAAAAGCAGAUCCAUCCCUAAGCAUUUUUUCUGAUGCAGACUGGGCUGCAUGUCCAGAUACAAGAAGGAGUAUAUCUGGCUUCUGCUUAUUUCUGAGUAGUUCUCUGAUUUCUUGGCGUUCAAAGAAACAACACACAAUCUCCAGAUCUUCAGCUGAAGCAGAAUAUAGAGCAAUGGCUUUGGCAUGUUGUGAAGUUGUUUGGAUAUUGGCUUUACUGAAAGAUUUUGGUGUUUCUGUGAAGCAACCCGCCCCUCUCUAUUGUGAUAAUCAAGCAGUGGUUUAUAUUAGCUUCAAUCCAGUAUUUCAUGAACGCACCAAGCACAUAGAGAUCGACUGCCACACUGUUCGAGAGAAACUACUUGAAGGAAUCAUUAAGCCUGUGCAUGUUCAUAAUAAUCUGCAACUUGAUGAUAUAUUCACCAAGCCUUUGGCAUCAACACCCUUUCAUACACUCUUGUCCAAGAUGGAUUUUACAACUGUGUAUAGUCCAUCUUGA